AUGGCUAGGUCAAUAGUCGAUCUUCGCCAAACAGGAGAGUUAAGCAACCAGCGUAUCACACUACUCCGUCCCACCCUAGUAGCUAUGCCUGAUCAAGCAUUACCUUCCAUGCUUAACACUUCCAACUCGCACCUUUCUAGCGCCUUUGCUCUUGUAACAAUCAAAGACCGGCUUCCAGUUAUAUUGGUAAAGACAUUGGACGAUCUUGUGAAAUGUAAAAGCAAAUAUGGUAAUCCUGAAAACGAUCUUGAUGACAUAAAGUCGGUAAUAUCUGAAAUAUCCAAAUUGCGCUACGAACUCAUGACAAACAAACCCUUCGUUCCUCUUUUGCCCGAACCGGACGCCGCGGAUAUCGACGUCUACAACGAAGCAGUUCUCAAGUAUAAUAAGGCAGAUCUGUCGUGGUUUGGUGCCCCAUGGCUUUUUGUGGAAUGUUACAUGUACAGGCGACUGAUGAACAUCACAAUCAAUUGGUACUCUUCCUCUUUUAUUAAUGUUCAAGUUUACAGUGGCUUUCCUAAAUUGGAUUUAUUUCAUGAACGCAAGGCAAUGGGAUUUUUCAAGAGCGCAAAAUCUCUUGUUUCCAUGUGUGAAUGCUUGGAAGAGAGCCUGCUUUCACUUGAACCCGAGCGGCUCUACGAGGACUUAAAGUUCUACUUAAUGUGCUCCCUCUGGUCAAAUGAAUUCGAUCUCUCGCUGAAAGCCGACGAGACAGAGCUGGAGACGCACACAGACGCGAGUCAGUUGCGCCUCGACGUGCGCAUCAAAACCGCCACUCAGAUGGUGGUCGACGACCUGGAUGCCAUCACGAGUCGCUGGCCCCCACACCUUGCUGCCGCCUCCGUCGACCACCGGCGCACUGUCGUUCUAGUGAUGGACAACACCGCGCCUGAGAUGUUUGCGGAUUUGGUGCUGGGCGAAUUUCUGUUGGGUGCUGGUCUCGCGGAGCGAAUUGUCUUCAUGCCGAAAAUCAUGCCCUGGUUUGUCUCCGACGCCACCCAGUUCGACUUUGAUUGGCUCCUCAAGGAGGCCCUCCCGGCUUGUGGUGUUUCGCGAAAAUUGGCUGUUUGGGCUGGACGUUGGUCCCAACGCUUUCAUGAGGGCUCCUUUGCAGUGGAACUUCAUGCCUUUUGGACCCUCCCAUUUGGCUACAACGAGCUGCAAACAAGAUCGCCCGAUUUGUACUGCCGUCUCACUACGGACUGCAACGUUGUGAUAUUUAAGGGCGAUUUGAACUACCGUAAGCUGCUGGAGGACCGUUUGUGGGCGCCAGACUCUCAAGAGGACAAAACGACCGCAUUUCGGCGCUGUUUCCCCAACUCCCUCCCCCCGGAUGAUGGUGGUGGCAGGGGUUCGCAACCCCUCCUCGUGGCCCUCCGAGUUGCCAAGUCUGACGUUGCGGUGGGGCUGACGUCCCCGCGCCUUCAAGCGGUCCGGGCACUCGAUCCCCAGUGGUGGGUCAAGGGCCUCUUUGGUUUCGCUCAACUCCUCCACUGA